AUGGGCCAUCCUUGGAUCUAUGACGAUGAGGUCCGCAACAUCAGCGAGUUGGGCGUGUUGCCGCCGGGCACGCUGGUGGAUAUAUGUUCAGCUGACAACCGGCAAAUGGGAGUUGGACUCCUCAACAGGCAAGCUUGUAUAGUCCUCCGACGUUUGGAUGGUGUGGCCACUGGGGCGGAGGUGGCGCAGGAGCAACUCCGCUCCUGCCUGAAGACCGCAUUCGCCGCUCGAGACCAUCGCGGAUCUGGCGCCUUUUGCAGGGCCUUCCACGGAGAGCAAGAUGGCUUGCCAGGCGUGCUGGUCGAUCGCUUUGGAAGCUCUGCUGUGGUGACCUUCCAGCUAUUGGGCUCUGCGACCAUGGAGCUCAUCGUUCAGGAGGAGCUGACGCGGUGGAUCGGCAAGCUGCAACAGCUGACUGUUCAUCACAUGACCGCAAAGAAGGAGAAGUGGGCACAGGAAGGCUCGGAGUUCACCACCAACAUCACCCGAGGGACCAGCUCGCGAGUCUGCGUGGAGGAAGCAAACGCGCGCUUUGACAUUGACGUCUUGCAGGGGGUCAUACCAGGUCAGUGGAACUAUAGCCUGGAAGCCUUGCGUGCACCUCUGGCACAGCGUUUAGGAAGCUCAGGCACCGUGCUGGAUGCGUGGGCGCAAUGUGGUCAGUGGGGCCUCCGUUGUGCACAGAGUGGUGCUGCAGACGUCGUGCUCUUGGAGGAGCAACUGGGCCUGGCCAAGCUCUGCCGAGAGAACGCCGCAAAGAACGGUGUCGAGGAGAAGGUCACGGUGCUUCAUCGGAGCGACGUUCAUGGAGAGCUUCAGAACAUGGCAGAAAGUGGCAUCCGCUUCGAUUGUGUCUCCUUGAAUGUUCGCGUCCGUUUUGAACGCUACCUGAAACACCAGCGUGGGCAAUUCGGGCGCUGGUACAAGCCCAGCCUAAAGGGCUAUGAGCGUGCGAUCGCGCUGGGAGCACGAGUGACCUCCAGGAACGGCUACCUGGUGGUUUCCUUCCUCCUACCUCUCACGACGGAGUACUGGGCCUUGUGUCUUGUUCAAGAUGCAUUGCAGAAGGCAUCAAGGGCCGGCAGCAUCAUUUAUUGCUCCAGCAACGCCAGCGAGGACACUGCAGUUGCUUCAUCUACGAUGGAUGAGUAUUGGAGUCAUGUUCUGAUCGCAGUCCAUUUGGCGUGA